UUAAACGAUUUAGUUCAGAUUUAUUUAAAAAUAUUCAAAAGUAUCGAAGGCAUCGUACGUCUUGUCUCAGACCACAUCAAAACAACUGAGCAGACGCAAUUACCAACUACGCAUUAGCGAAGGUCACCUAAGCUUUUUUUAAUACUUCAUUGUAAUCUAUAUAUCAAACGUCACUGCAUUUUUAACGGGUCUGUUAUUAUAAAGGAGUGACAUUCAGUAGUGUUGUUCAAUUUUAAGGAAAACAAGUAUCCAGUGUUGCGUUCGAUAUAUUUCGAUGUCGUUACAGAUAAAUUUUCCAUGCUACAUCUGUUAUGCUUUUGGGAAGAAGCAGCCUGUUACUAUCAAUACGAUAUUUAUCCGAAUUAUCUAAGAAACAAUACAGUCGCAGUGGUCGAAAAAGUAGAUCUUCGUUACAAGAUUUUACUUCGGUAAUAAUUGGAUCACAAUUGUGCAGAUCGACAUAUAAUUCCGAAAUAUCUUUAAAAUUGUUUGCGAAAACGAUGGCAUCCUCGACGAAAAACGAUACGAAAAAUAUUGAUGAAACGUUACUCAAGAAGGGACAAAAUCGAUUGGCUUUGGAAAAGUCACCUUAUUUAUUGCAACAUGCAAGAAAUCCUGUACAGUGGUAUCCUUGGGGAGACGAAGCUCUAGAGAAAGCAAAAGCGGAGGACAAGGUGAUUUUCUUGUCCGUCGGAUACUCGACGUGUCACUGGUGUCACGUUAUGGAGAAGGAGUCCUUUGAGAAUCCACGAAUUGCUGAGAUCAUGAAUAAGAAUUUUGUUAAUAUAAAGGUUGACAGAGAAGAGCGACCGGAUAUCGAUAGAAUAUAUAUGGCAUUUAUUCAGGCUAUUUCUGGACACGGUGGUUGGCCGAUGAGCGUAUUUCUCGCACCGAAUUUGACACCUAUCAUAGGUGGAACCUAUUUUCCGCCAGAAGAUAGACACGGAUUACCUGGAUUUCAAACAGUCCUGUUUAGUAUUUCUAAAGAGUGGCGCGAGAAUAAGAGCGAACUAAUGUUACUCGGUGGGACCAUUAUUCAGAGAUUGAAGAACGCAGUCGAGAACAAAGGCGGGCUGAUCGAACGAUCUGUACCUUCGGAGGAAUGUGGUAUGGCAUGUGUUUACCUAUUGAGGAACUCUUACGAACCUAAUUUUGGUGGAUUUUCCGAGGCACCUAAGUUUCCUCAGCCGGUCUAUUUGAAUCUUCUCUUUUAUAUGUACGCACGUGAUCCAUCUAGCGAUAUCGCUCGCACAUGUUUGGAUAUGUGCGUGAAUACUCUUAAAAAAAUGGCACUUGGUGGAAUACACGAUCAUAUCGGUCAAGGUUUUGCAAGAUACUCUGUUGACGAAGAAUGGCACGUGCCACAUUUUGAAAAAAUGCUCUACGAUCAGGGCCAAUUGUUGCAAUCGUAUACCGAAGCAUUUCUAACUACCAAGGAUCCGUUCUUUGCUGAGAUUAUUGACGACAUAGCUACUUACGUUUCUCGAGAUUUGAGACACAAGGAGGGUGGCUUUUACAGUGCCGAAGAUGCGGAUUCAUAUCCUACGGAAACAUCAAGGGAAAAGAAAGAAGGUGCCUUUUACGUUUGGUCGUACGAUGAAAUCAAUACGCUUUUGGCUCAAGAAGUGGUCGAUAAAAAAGGAUUGAAAUUAAGCGAGGUCUUCUGUUUUCAUUUCACUGUCAAACCGAAGGGAAAUGUACCUCCGCGUCGAGAUCCUCAUGGCGAAUUGAGCAAGCAAAACGUGUUAAUCGUUUACGGUAGUGUUGAAGAUACAGCAAAGCACUUUGGUUUAACGGUCGAGAAGACGCAAACUCUUUUGAAAGAAGCAUCACGAAUGCUUUUCGAAGUUAGAGAAAAAAGACCACGGCCACAUUUAGACGAUAAAAUAUUAGCUGCGUGGAAUGGUCUAAUGAUAAGCGGCUUAGCCCGAGCUGGGUCUGCAACGGGUAAUAAGCGGUACGUCGAUUUGGCAACGGAUGCUGCCAAGUUUAUCGAACGUUAUCUGUAUGAUAAAUCCGAACGUUUAUUGCUUCGUAGUUGUUACCGUAGCGAUAACGACGCUGUCGUGUUAACGAGUGUACCUAUAAGAGGCUACCACGCGGACUAUGCAUUUGUUGUGAAGGGGUUGUUAGAUCUGUACGAAGCUAAUCUAGAUCCACAUUGGUUGGAGUUUGCCGAGACACUUCAGGAUAUUCAGGACGAGCUCUUUUGGGAUACUACGAAUGGCGGCUAUUACUCAACUACCAAGGACGAUCCUACGAUAAUUCUACGACUCAGGGACGAUCACGAUGGUGCGGAACCGUGCAGCAACUCGAUUGCCUGUGGAAAUCUAUUGAGAUUAACGACUUACUUGGAACGUAUCGAAUUCAAGGAUAAAGCUGAACGUCUUCUUACCUCGUUCCAGAAACCUUUGACGCAGUUACCAAGUUCCUUAGCGGAAAUGGUGAAAACGUUGUUGCAUUAUCACGAUAGUUCUACGGAGAUCUAUAUAAUAGGAAAUUCGGACGCGGAAGAUACGAACGAGUUAUUACGCGUUGUACGCGAACGUCUGAUACCGGGACAGGUUCUAAUAUUUGCGGAUCCGAAUAAACCCGAUGAUAUAUUAAUUCGCAAAAACAAGGUCCUUGCCAAGAUGAAGCAGGACAAAAGUGUACCGAGAGCCUAUGUAUGUAAAUAUCGAACAUGUUCCUUACCCGUGACGACUCCGGCCGAACUUGCGGAUUUAUUGAGCACGGAACGAUAAAGGAAUGCGCCAAAAGUUUGCCUUGUUUACUGCGAUCUAAUAAAUAACAAAGGAAAAAAUAAAUUCAGAUAAUUUUUUAGUUCUAUGACACGUAUAUUCUAGAACAGUGCUAGCGCGAUGUUUCUAAUUAUAAAGAUAACGCAAAAUUAUAAUGGCAUUCCUUACAGGUUUUCACGUCUUCCUCGAUUUUUAGAUUGUCGUGCGUUGGCGUGUUCGAUAGAGUAAAGAAAUUAAUAAAUACCUUUCAAUUUAGCGAGUGCUAUGUUAGAUGUUGUGGUAAUAUCUCGCUGUAAAUCGAAGAAUAUUAUUUUUGAAUC